UGGUAUGAGCUAGUUGAGAGUAUUAUUCAGUGCAAAGCUUUAAUCAAACGCGCUCCAUUAAAUUCGUUGAUUGUGACUGACUAUUCUUCUUCUUCUUCUUAUAUCUCUCAAACCCCAUUUACAGAGACUCAAAAAUGGCGACAUUAGGAGGAAUUCGUGAAGCUGGAGGAUCCGAAAACAGCGUUGAGAUCAACGAUCUUGCUCGUUUUGCUGUUGAUGAACACAAUAAGAAACAGAAUGCUCUUUUGGAGUUUGGAAAGGUUGUGAAUGUGAAGGAACAAGUGGUUGCUGGAACCAUGUACUACAUAACACUGGAGGCGACUGAAGGUGGUAAGAAGAAAGCAUAUGAAGCCAAGGUCUGGGUGAAGUCAUGGGAGAACUUCAAGCAAGUUGAAGACUUCAAGCUUAUUGGGGAUGUUGCUAGUGCUUAACAAGUGCUGAAUGAUGUAUGACUCUUAUGUCUAUGAAUAUCAUAAAGUAAGUUCAUAACUCUUAUGUCUAUUUUAGCAUGUUCGUAUUUGAAUAUCAUAAAGUAAGUUCAUAACUCUAUCGUGGAUCUGAAUUACGGGUAACUAUAGCUCUAUCUUAUAUAUGAUGUUUUGCUUUUCUGUUGCUAA